AUUCUCUCUCUCACCGACUCUCUCUUAGUCGAUCUCACUCUCGUCUCCCUCAGCCGGUUUCGCUGUCUCUGUCUCUCUCUCAGCCAUUAUCGCUCUCUCUCACCCGCUCUCUCUUAGUAAUCAAAGGUCUCCCUCUCUCGAUUUUUGUUGGUUUGAGAAUUGAUUUGAAGGCAAAGUUUUUCCAGAUUGGCUUGCUGGCUGUGUUUAUUUCUGGGAUUCAAAAAUUCUGUCUGGAAUUGAUUUUGAAGGCUAAGGAAAGGAUUGGCUUGCUGGCUAUGUUUGUUUCUGCACCUGAGCUAAGGUUUCCGAGUCGACAUGGCCGAAUUCCAGACCUCGACUCACCGAGCCAAGUGGAUCUUCAAGCCUGAAGAACUGGUCGGUAAAUACAAGGCUGCUAAUCAAAGAGCAAUACAAACAUUGGAGAAGUAUGGAGCAACACUAAUGGAAGUAGAUGUUGAUGGCACAAUAUCAUACCCUGAACCUCAAGUUAUUGCAAAAGAUAAUGCUGACAAGCAUUCUCGUCCAAAACCCAUUAGCAUUGAAGAGGAGCAGUUUAUGCGAGUAUUUUAUGAAAAUAAACUUCAAGAAGUGUGCAAAAACUUUCACUUCCCUCAUAAAGUUCAGGCAACAGCUCUUAUAUAUUUCAAAAGGUUUUAUCUACAAUGGUCGGUGAUGCAAAAUCAUCCAAAAAAUAUAAUGUUAACCUGUAUAUAUGCAGCUUGUAAAAUAGAAGAAAACCACGUAUCAGCAGAGGAGCUUGGUAAGGGGAUCUCACAGGAUCAUCAAAUGAUACUCAAUAAUGAGAUGAUAGUUUAUCAGAGUUUGGAAUUUGAUCUUAUUGUUUAUGCACCAUAUCGCUCAAUUGAAGGUUUUAUCGAUGAUAUGGGGGAAUUCUGUGGAAUAAACGAUGAUCGACUCCAAAUUCUGCAGUUGCUUCAUGCUGCAAAGAUGGAAGUGGAUAAAAUCAUGCUUACGGAUGCCCCACUUCUAUUCCCUCCUGGGCAGUUGGCAUUGGCUGCUUUGCGUAGUGCAAAUCAGGUGCACAAAGUUGUAGACUUUGAGAGAUACCUGAGGAGCAUUCUCUCUCGUCAGAGUUCUGAACAUACCGUUUCAGAGCUAGUUGAAUUCCUUAAUGCAAUAGAUUCUUGGGCAAGAAAAUACAAGUUUCCUUCAGACAAGGAUCUCAAGCACAUCAACCGAAAACUGAAAUCUUGUUGGGGUCUUAGUUCACAUGACGAAAGUAAGAAGCGGGAUAAGAAAUCGAAGCACAAGUCGAAGAGGAGCUCAAAUGAAGUGCAACCUGUACCUUCUCAUACUGAAAUGUAUGCCCUUUAUGUAUAAAAUUCACCAUCAUAUCUGGGUUUCUUGGCAACUUCUUGUUCUUGUCCCAUAGGGUUUGUGAGGGACGUUUAGUUUUAUACACUGCAACUGGUGUCUAAACAGUUGGAGAUACGCAAAUUUAAAUUGUCGUUGUACUGACACUCUUCAUCUGGUUUCAGAUAAAUUUAUCUCGGUGUUUCCCUUGGAAGUUUCUUGUUUUGCUUCGGAAAGAUACUCCAAGCGAUCAUCCUGUACGAUUAUUGUAGAAUAAGAGAAUUUUACCUGUUCUUUAACUAAUAUAUUCUUUCUCCUCUCUUUUCUAUUUUUAUUUUUAUUGUUAUGUUAUCAAAUCAGUCGAUUUAAGAUUUGAGUUUGAGCG